AUGGACACCAUCGACUACGUCGCUCUAGACCUCUGCCCGGCCUACUCCACCUUCUUCGGCGCAAUGGGCUGCGCUGUCGCCAUCAUCUUCUCCGUCUUCGGCGCCGCCUACGGCACGGCCAAGUCCUCCGGCGCCAUCUUCCACAGCGGCGUCCUGCGCCCGGACCGCCUGAUGCAGAACAUCAUCUGCCCCAUCAUGGCCCAGAUCCUCUCCAUCUACGGCCUCGUCGUCGCCGUCAUCAUCUCCGGCCGCCUCAACAAGAGGGGCCUGGCCCUGCACAACGGGUUUCUGUUCCUGGCCGCCGGCCUCAGCGUCGGCAUGUGCGGUCUCGCGGCGGGCUUUGCGAUCGGUGUCAUUGGAGACUCGGGAGUGAGGGCGAGCACGCAGCAGCCGCGUCUGUACGUCGGUAUGAUCCUCAUCCUCAUCUUUGCCGAGGUUUUGGGACUUUACGGUACCAUCAUCGGCAUCAUGCUUGUAUCCAACGCAGUCAACGACUGUCAGUUCGGCCCAUGA